ACCUGUAGUUAAGUGUCACGCCCAUCUAAUCAAGCUCCAUUAUUUUGAUGUGGGCCAUGAUGGCUUUAUAGCAAGUCUACUGGUUACGAAGGAAGUCUAGAUAUGAGUGUCAAUAAUCCCGACCCCAUCACUACCUCUGAGGAGUACGCCAGAUUCAGAAGCUCCAUCCCUCAAAGAAAGCUCAUAGUGGACCAGUCCAAUCAGCCUUGGGUGGUCUAUGAUGCUGGUCCAAGGAAUGUACGCAGUCCCAUCAUUUGUCUCCCCCCUGUGUGUGGGAUGGCUGACGUCUUCUUCAGGCAAAUGGCCAGUUUAUCUGUUGCUGGCAUUCGGAUUAUAUCGGUGGAAUACCCCGUGUACUGGACCACUGACGAGUUCUGUGAUGGAUUUAUUAAGCUUCUGGAUCACUUGCAACUGGACAAGGUGCAUAUAUUUGGUGCUUCUCUUGGGGCAUUCCUGGCCCAGAAGGUGGCAGAGCGGACAUACAGGAGUCCACGUAUUCAUUCUCUCUUCCUCUGCAACGGCUUCACUGACACCACAGCUUUUAGACAAACCAAGUCAUCAAAAACCUUCUGGGUGAUGCCAGCCUUCAUGCUCAAGCGUCAGAUCCUGCUCAACCUGCCCAGUGAGAACCUCGAGGCAGAGGUGGCCAACUCUAUAGACUUCAUGGUGGAGAGGUUGGAUAGCCUCGAGCGGUCCCAACUGGCCUCAAGGCUAACCCUCAACUGCAGUGAUAACUAUGUGGAGCCUCAGAAGCUGCAAGAUGUCUACGUCACCAUUAUGGAUGUGUUUGAUGAGUCAGCAUUGUCACAGCGUUGCAAGGAAGAGAUGUACAAGUGCUACCCUGAGGCUAAGAAAGCUCACCUCAAGUCUGGAGGGAAUUUCCCCUACCUGUCCAGAAGCAACGAGGUCAACCUCAUGCUACAGAUCCACCUGAUGGCAUUCCAGGGGACCCGCUAUUGUGCCAAAGACCCAUCGUUAGUAUCCCCUGACGAGGUAAAGGCAGCGAGGGGGGAACUGGAACCACCAGAAACUGGCAACUAGGAGCAACUGUCCAUUCUCUUGUGUUGUGUAUACACCGAUUCCUCCACUUUUGUCUGUACUGUAUUCUAAAGUGCUUUGUGUGUGUGUUUGUGCUUAAUGAUUGUCAUCAAAGUGUCUACUUAUUGUAA